AAGGAACUGUGACACCUCAGUCUUAGCAAAAAAAAAAAAAACCCGUCGGCCAUGGUAUACUACAGGAAAGACUUGCCUUUUGGAUCAACGGUCUUUCUGGUUUAACUGAGGCAAAAUUCAGUGAACAUGAACUGAGGACGUGGGAUGGAAGAGAAAAUGGAAGUGAAGGAGACCGGUGAAAAAAGGACUUCCUGGUCUUCAUCUCCAGGAGAGACGCAUUUUAUACCUUGUGAUCAUUCUGGGAAACGAAGAAAACAAUAUGUGGCUGUGCAGGACAAAGUGGAAAAGGACAGUGAGAAAUCAAACUGCAAACACAUACCGGACCCUGAGGAGCCCAGUAAUAAAAAGGUCAAACCUGUGGCCAAGUCCAACAGCCAUACAGGGGUAAUAACCCCGAGCAAGACCCCUGCUCUGAAACGCAUCGGACAGUCAAUAUCGCGGUCUAUAAGUUUUCGUACAGACGCACAAGCGUUCCCCCAGCCUCUCCUACGCAAUCAGCGGAAGGCUUCUUCAUUUCCACGUCGGCGCAGCAGCCAGUGCUGGAGUGACACUGUGGAGAGUCAUGAGCUCACCGCGAAGGAGAUCAGACGUCAAGAGGUGGUGACUCUUAUUAUUCUGUUGAUUCUCUUCAUCACAGUGGAUGUAAACAAGCUUCUUUCUUGUUGUAUAUUGAGUCAUAAUGUUAGCCACCAGAAGCUCCAGCUCCAGAAACUAAGAACACUUUGUCUCCACUUUACCCCAGAUCUCCUCAGUCGUCUUGAGGAUCUUAGAGGGACGCAGAAGAUAGUAGCUGAGGUGGGGCCCACUUUACUGAACUGGUUCCCCCAUCUCAAGGCUUAUGUCACAUACUGUUGUAACCAAGUGGGGGCCAAAGCCCUGCUGGACCAGAAGAAGCACGACAAGAGAGUGGAGCACUUUUUGAGUUUAUGUCAGGAGUCUUCGUUUAGCCGGAAGCUGGACCUGUGGAAUUUUCUGGAUCUCCCCCGAAGUCGCUUGGUCAAAUAUCCACUGCUCCUCAAAGAAAUACAGAAGUGUACACCACCAGAGCACCCUGACCAGGAUGUACUACCUGACGCUUUGGAGCUUAUCCAGAGUAUCGUGGCAGAGGUGAACACGAAGACAGGAGAGGCUGAGUGUCAGUUCUACAGACGCAGCCUUGUGUACAUGGAAGAUAGCCAGCGACUGUCAGAGAUCCUGCUGUCUCGCUUCCUCUAUUGCCACGGAGAACUCAAGAGCCACAAGGGCCAGCGGCUGCAUGUGUUCCUGUUUGAGUUGGCGCUGGUGGUGGCCCGACCUGGUGAGGUCAGAGAAGUAGGUCAGGUGUUCCAUGUGUACCGACAGCCUUUGCUCAACACCUCCAUAAAUCUAGAGGAGAUUCCUGACGGGGACUUAGGAGGAGGAAGCACUUUUAGAGGAGCCUUCACUGGAGGAAACGACAAAGUUAAGAACUGUUUCCGUGUAAGCAGCAGAGGGCGGUCCAAAGGUCACCAGUAUUGUCUGCAGGCGAACGACUCCUUCAGCAAGCAGCAGUGGAUCAGCUGUCUCAGGCAGGCCAUCGUCCAUUCGCGGGACACGACAGCUCAGUCUAACUGGGCGCCUCUGUCCCUUCACUCUGAUGCUGCCCUUUCUGACAUUGCUGAGCUCAGCCUUUCCUCGGACACAGAAAUGGCCGACGACCCCGUUCCCUGAACGAUCACUGGUGCUCGCACCAUGGACGGUAUACAACAGAUGGAACUGCUUGUGAAAGAGGAUUCUGUCGCUGUGAGCCCUGUGUAGUUGCUAUGCUUUUAUACAAACAGCCACCUGGGGUUGUUUUUGUUUUUUUUACCAGAAAUAUACUAGCUGUCUUAAAAACAUGAAUUACGAAGGUUUUGUCGUUUCACCAAAACAAGAGUCAUGGAUGACAUAUGACAUUGAAUAGUUUUAACGCCAGUAAAUAUUUGUUGCGUCAAAAUCUUUUUUUUUUUUUUUUCCGUUUAUCGGAAGGAGACUGAUAUGGCAGAUAUGUAUGUUCUUUAAUAAAAUCUUGACGUUGGAACAGUUCUAACAAA